GUAAAGUGGGAGUAGUGGGAGUGAGAGUAGUGUUUUACUAUCGCUAAUAUAACUGUGCAUGCUUCAUAACUUCCCUUCACAAAUCAGCCGCAAUUUCUAACACUUCCUUUAAAAACCCUAAUUACAUAGAGAAGUCAUUCAAAUUACUUAGCUUACAAACCCCUAAAUAAUGGCGUCGAUUGUCACCGAAGAAGAACCCAUUACCACAACAGAGGAUAUGGAUCUGGAGAACCCGGAACCCGUUUCAGAAGAUGGAACUACUAAAAGAGUCAGAGAAGAAAAUGAGGAAGAAAACAAUGGCGUUUCGAAGAAGCUGAAAGUUGAGGAUGAUAAGUCUGUUGAAGAAGUGAGGAUGGAGAAGAUUGAAGAAGACAAAGAAAAUGGUGAAGAAGAGAAAGGGAAGGAAGAGGAUCAAAAGAAAACGGAUGAACCAGUUAGUUUGGGUCCGAAAACAUUCGGAUCAUCUACUGAUAUGUUUGAAUAUUUUUACAAGUUGCUUCAUCACUGGCCUACAAAUGUUCAAGUCAAUAAGUAUGAGCAUAUGGUACUUCUGGACCUGAUAAAUAAGGGCCAUCCUGAACCCCAGAAGAAGAUUGCUUCCGGCAUUAGUGCCUUUGAGAUCCGCCAGCAUCCAGAGUGGAAAAGUCGCUGCUUUUUUGUCGUAAGAACUGAUGAGUCUGUUGAAGACUUCAGUUUCAGGAAGUGUGUGGAUCAUAUUCUACCCUUGCCUGAAAACAUGAAGAUUAAAUCCGAUGUGAACAAAGCACUUGGUGGUGGAAAGAAACAUGGUGGCGGCAGAGGUGGUCGCGGUCAUAGCCGUGGAAGAGGUGGCAAGCCUCGAAGGUGAAAAGAUCACCGAAGUCGAGAAGUUUUUAUGCUAGAUGUUAUGAUUCUACUAUAACUAUGUCUCUGUUUUGUUGCACUAUAUCAUGUGGAAUUAUUAUCAAAUUUUGGUAAGAGUUUUAUGUUUCGCCAGCUACUUUGUGUCAUCUCUCUUGAGUUAAUGCAAACUGUAACAAGAAACUCGUGGAGUGAACGAGACAUAAGAAGCUAACUUUGUCAUCAUGUUUGAUUUCGCCAAGCA